AUGAACCAAUUACAACUCGGACAAUACAUCGACGCUUUACUUUUCGCAACAGUGAAACAUCAAGACCAGCGUCGAAAAGAUGGUGUGACGUAUUUGGUACACCCAAUUGGCGUUAGUAAAAUCUUGAUCGAGUGUGGAAUAACAGACAUAAAAGCUCUUCAAGCAGCGCUUCUUCAUGAUACUGUGGAGGACACACACACUACUUUCGAAGAAAUAGAAACAACUUUUGGAAAGGAAGUUUCUGAUAUAGUUCGAGAAGUGACUGAUGAUAAGUCUCUCCCAAAAAUCACACGUAAAAAACUCCAAGUAGAACAUGCGAAAACGUGUUCACUUGGUGCAAAGUAUGUCAAGUAUGCUGACAAGAUACACAACCUUAACAACCUCAUCACAGACAUUCCUUGUGCUUUUAAACCAUAUUGUAUAGCUCAGGGAUACUUUGUCUGGUCGUGUAAAGUAGUUGAGUCCUUCAAAGGUAUUAACCCCAUGUUAGAUCAGAAAUUUAAUGAUGUUCUUCAAGGGAAAAUAACUGAUGACGAUGGUGUUCAACGUCCUGCUUUGCCAGAGGGAGAUCUUGAUAUUUUACUUGAGAAGUAUUAUCAAGAUCUAGCCACUUACUCCAAAUGA